AUGGGCAACUCAAAGUCCUGCAAGGCUGGAAUCGCCAACAUACCCUUCUAUGUGGCACGAGAAGCGCAUGCGACGCAAACAACACAGCUGAUGCGCAAAUCAAACGAGUACAGGAAGCUACUGGACUCUAUUCUCACCACACGAACGAAUGCAGCUCUCCUACUCUCCAUUACACACAUGCAAACCAAUAUCAACUUACACCGCGCUACGACAGACCAAAUGCACACACAUACUAUAGAGCUCGUGCGCACUGCCAAGGAAGGCCAUCAGGACACCAUGAACGUCAAGACGCUGGCGCAAAUCGCUACUUUGUUCCUCCCCGCUACGCUCAUCGCCGUAAAGAACCCAUUUGUCUGCGUGUAA